AUGGCUUUCUCAUAUGCAGGGAAGCAGGUUGUUCUUGCCCAAAUCCACAAUUGGUUGAAGACUAAUAAGGAGGAUGCCCAGUUUUUGAAGGACUUGCUCACCAACAAAAGAAAACUGGAAGAGGUGGAUACAGUGGCUCUUAUUGGAAAUUGCUCCACCAUUCUAGACAAAAAGCUACUGAUGAAGCUAAGAGAUCCUGGGAGUUUUGUGAUUCCAUGUUUGUUGGGUGAAGGCAUGGAGAAACAUGCACUAGCCAAUUCUAGGGCCAGUAUUAACAUGAUUCCAUACACCAUCUAUAUGAAACUUGGAUUGGGAGAAUUGAGCCCAACAAAAAUGACUUUGCGGUUGGGCGAUAUAUCAGUGAGAUCACCAUGGGGGAUUGUGGAAGAUGUUCUUGUGACUGUUGAAAAGCUUGUGUUCCCAUGGAUUCUGUGA